AUGCAAAAUAAAUUAUUUUUCCUUAAUUUAAUUUUUGUUUUAAUUUUUUGUACAAUAAUUAAAGCAAAUGAAGAGGAAUUAAAGAAUCCUCCUCAGGAAUCGGGAGAUGAUCCCUCUAUUCUUUAUGAACAAUAUUUAAAUCAUCUUAAAAAUCCAAAACGUGUAAAAAGAGAAUUUUAUGGAAGUUUACCUAGUUAUCAACAAUUGAAUGAAUUUUUAGAUGGUAUUACUGGUUGGGUGCCUAGACAAAAUACUUAUUAUGGCCCUCCUGCUGGUGGACGUUAA